ACCAGCUUCUGGGCAGCCAGCCGAGAAGGCACCCUGGAGGGGGGAAACUGACGUCUCCUCCAGACCCGCCCCUCUCGCCCGCCCCCGCCUGGCCGCGCACUCUCCGGACGCCCGGACCCUAGCUGCCCACUCCGGCCCCGCGAAGAUGGCGAGGCGGAGCCGCCACCGCCUUCUCCUGCUGCUGCUGCGGUACCUGGUGGUCGUCCUGGGCUAUCAUAAGGCCUAUGGAUUCUCUGCCCCAAAAGACCAACAAGUAGUCACAGCAGUUGAGUACCAAGAGGUUAUCUUAGCCUGUAAAAACCCAAAGAAGACCACUUCUUCCAGAUUAGAGUGGAAGAAACUGGGACGGAGCGUCUCCUUUGUAUACUAUCAACAGGCUCUCCAAGGUGAAUUUAAAGAUCGGGCUGAGAUGAUAGAUUUCAGUAUACGCAUCAAAAACGUUACAAGAAAUGACGCUGGGAAAUAUCGUUGUGAAGUUAGUGCCCCAUCUGAGCAAGGCCAAAACCUGGAAGAGGAUACAGUCACUCUGGAAGUACUAGUGGCUCCCGCGGUUCCAUCAUGUGAAGUCCCCGCUUCUGCCCUGAGUGGGACGGUGGUAGAGCUACGAUGUCAAGACAAAGAAGGAAAGCCGGCUCCUGAGUAUACGUGGUUUAAGGAUGGCGUCCGUUUGCUAGGGGAUUCCAGACUUGACUCUCAAAGCACUAACAGCUCAUACACAGUGAAUACAAAAUCUGGAACUCUGCAAUUUAACACAGUUUCCAAACUGGACAGUGGAGAAUAUUCCUGUGAAGCCCGAAAUUCUGUCGGAUAUCGCAGGUGUCCUGGAAAACGAAUGCAAGUAGAUGACCUCAACAUAAGUGGCAUCAUAGCAGCUGUAGUGGUUGUGGCCUUAGUGAUUUCUAUUUGUGGCCUUGGAGUGUGCUAUGCUCAGAGGAAAGGCUACUUUUCAAAAGAAACCGCCUUCCAGAAGAGUAGUUCCUCAUCUAAAGCCACUACAAUGAGUGAAACAGAUUUCAAGCACACAAAAUCCUUUGUAAUUUAAAAGAAUUCCAGUGUUGAAUACAUCAAAACCACAGUGGUUGCACAAGUUAUUAACUAUUAUAAAAGUUUUUGGUCUUACACUUGCAAAGGGUUACCUGAAGAAAUGAAAUUGGUGUUUUAUUAUAAUUUGUAUGACCAUGAACUCACUGGAAAUUGUUACUUUAAGCAAACAGUUCUGUCAGCAUCUAAAAUACAGUCUGGCCUUUGGUGUCUGGACUAGGGAGAAAGGGUCAAAAUACUUUGUAGUACUCUGGGGCUUGUGAAAUGUUAGCAGAUGUCCUAACUUCUAGAGAAAGUUACUGGUGUGGAGUUAAUCCGCAGAGCAUGAGAAUGUACAUGCAUGCAAGUGUCUGGUCUAGGGGUUCAGAGAAAUACCCUGACAGAUGCAAAAGGAACCUCUGGUCUCAUUUCUACCAGAAUCCUCUUUGCUCUCCUAAUAUAAUCCUUAUUCUGCUGCUCAUUUAUUAUUAAUUUCUCCACAGGAGGGAGGUAGUGGCAUUAAGUCGUACAGAUAAGUAUUUGUAUUUUGUGUUUACUUCCAUUUCUGAGAACCAAAAGCAUCAUGAAGACCUAAUGGCCAGCGCUCACGGGUGUGCACAGAACUCCACUGGUGUGUGCCCUUUGUGCAGCUCCGUGACCUUGACACCAGAACUCACCAUGGGAGCGCAUACCUUUCCUGCAUGAGCAGUGACUUCACAGCCUUCUGCCUCUGAAAAGCAUGUGGUAAAGGUUCAGGUGAGGUUGAGCUAGGGGGCUGCUGGUCUCGCUGGUGGGAAGGCGGCAAUACACAGGACAGGAGUAGUUGUCUGACAAGUAAAUGGGAUGGGAGAGCUGUCUGCAGCUCCCUGCAUCAGGCGCCCUUGGAGAACACAGGAGAAACAGUGGCCGGAAUGAGAAAUGAGUCUAAGCCUUUUGCCUCUCAACUGAUGAACCAGAAAGCCCUCCACAGCUGCUGUUACAACUUGAAAACUGCAACAAUUUACUUAACAGUGAGAGCAACUGGGCUGUGUCCAAAAGCUUAAUUGUUUAUAAUUUAUUUUGAAUACUCAGUUCAUACUAGAAACAAAAUAGGGUUAAGGGCAUGUCCUAUUCUGGGAAAGCCUGGAUGAAAAGGUUACUACCACCUUUGACAAACUUGGAACACGGCUAAGUAGCUUUCAAAGGAGUCUGCUUUUUCUAUCCGGUGGGCAAAGCAGAUCUGGAACCAGCAAAUGGAUUAAGCACUCAGUGAGUGCCUGCCCUGCCCGGACACCGGGUCGGUGGGAAGAUGCCUCUGUCAGGCCAUUUCCCUUGUCUUGUCUGUGGCACUGGAUGCUAUCAACAGACCCCUCUGCAGGAGACUGGGCCUCUGUAGCAUGACUUCGUCCCCAAAAUCAGAUCAUCACUUUAGUCAUGGGUCAGCCAGCGUAGUCUGUAAAGGGCCACAUAGCAGAUCUUUGCCAUCACAGGGUCCCUGUUGCAAUCACUGGACUCCGCCAUUGGAGCAGAAAAGCAGCCAUAGGCAGCAAGCAAAUGAAUGUGUCUGUUCCAAUCAAACUUCACGUAUAGACAGACAGGUUUUAGCCCACAAACCUAAUUUCCUAACUGGCUUUUCUGUCAGCUUUUGUGAAAUGUUGCUUAUGCUCUGAUUAGAAGGUUGGCUUUGGUUUAAGGAAUGCUUUCCUCAGGCACUACAGGGCCACGGGGAUAAAGACUCUCAAAGAUGGCCUCUUCGGGGUACCUACCAUCACACAAGACCAACUGCUUCGAUUUAAAUGACACACAUCCACAUUGCAGGGGAAAAUUAAGUAGUGCCUUAGCUUCACUAAUAGAUAAAAAGCUCCUUUCAAAAGCUAGAGGAUUCAUUUUAUGCAAUGUGAACAUCUAACACUUUCUUUGUGUCAAUACGUAUUACACCUUAUCUUAAAAUAUUAUAUAUAGCUAAGAAAAAAUCAUGUAAAAAUGCCUUCUCCCACACAAAGGACAUGGUAUUGAGCACUAAUUUUCUAAUUAUAAAAGUUUAUUUGUAGGUCGCUGCCAUCUAAACUUGUGUUUCCAUUUGCUUUUGAGGGACUUAAACAUUAACAGUUGGUAAAAUCUCAUUGUAAUUCUUACAGCAUUUCAAUUUUAUUUUCCUGCAGUGAAAUUGUGUUGUAUAAAGAUUAGAGCUCUAGCUUCUUUAAUAGUAAGUUUUGUUUUGAUAUUUUUGCUGUUGUACUAGAUUUAAUUUAUUUUUAGUUGAGGGUUUAACCUGACUAAAUCUGGAACGAUUGUUUUUCAAUACAACUUUGCCAAGAACUUCCUUCAUCUCACAGGUGGCUUUUUUUGAUUAAAGUCUACAUUAAUAAAAACAGCUGAAUUUGUAAAACUUUUUAGCUCCAUUUAAUGGUGCAGGGGACGAGUCAUCCACCUAUUGUUGUUCAUUAAAACCCAGGAAACUGCACCCUCUACCAUCUGCAGCUACAGGGCUAGCUCUUUAGCUGCUUAAGAUUAGAAUCUCAUCAUCUGUUUGGAUACCUGCCAACUUCUCAGAUGCCAAAAAAACAUGUUCUGA